AUGGCGGUAUUCCUCCCGGCGGGCGUCCUCUUGCUCUCUGUCCUUGGUCUCGCAGCGUGUGCGCAAGGUCGGCCGAAUCCCCUGAGCCGGGAUGGACAUUGGCCCAUAACGUCCCCAGCGCACACCGAACACCACGUGAAGGACAUCGACACGAGUGCAAUAUAUCAUCAGCAUGUCCAGAGAGCUAGCCAGCGCUACUCUACGAUGCUGGGGUCCUCGGUAGAGAAGCGUUUCAACCAGGCUGUGAUCGAGAAUGCGGUAUCGCAUUUACAAGAGACGCAAGCCAAUGCCUCCGCCCCAGUGAACCUGUUGAUCCUGGACGAGAGCGACAAUCCCAACCCGAAAGGCAGUGGAUUCAGUCCAAUCGGCCUAGAAAUUGCGUUGGUUCAACCUGUCAUCAGGGCCGAGCAGCCUCGACACCCGAACUCCAUUGGUUUGGACAUCCAGGCGAAUGAUAUCGGCUGUGAGAACUCCCUUACUUCUUCGCUGGCUACGAAUUUACAUGCAACAGAUAUCGCUACGGUGCAAAUUGGGACGCCUCCGAAGAACUUCAGUCUGUUCGUAGACUCUGGCUCCUCGGACCUCUGGGUCGGCCAUGAAGAAUGCAAGGGAUACGACGUUGGCGAUUGUGGCGCACACACAUUCCUCGGCAACUCCAGUACGACAUUUAAUAACACAGGCCACCCGUGGCACAUUCGUUACGGCGCAGGCUUUGUCCUAGGGAAGAUCGUCACAGACCUCGUCAGCAUCGCUGGUCUUCAGCUCAAGGCUCCUCAUAAGUUUGGUGUGGCAAUGGAGGAAAGUCCCGAGUUUGCGUCGAGCAAAAUACCUUAUGACGGGUUCUUAGGAACCGCUAAGUCGCAUCUUUCGCAACAGCAUGCUCCUACCCUCAUCGAGGCCCUUCGCAAUGAGGGCCUCGUCAAGGAGGGAAUCGUCUCCUACCAUAUCCCUCGCGCCCUCGACACCAUGAAAGCUGGCGCCCCGGUCAAGAAUGUAGGAGAACUUACGCUAGGUGCGAUGAAUCCAGCGAAGUACAACGCCAGCACUCUCGUAACGGUGCCGAAUGUCAGCCCUACCGGAUUUUGGGAAGCACCAGUCGACGAAGUGAGGGUAAACGGAACAAGCAUAGGCCUAGCCAGAAGGUCCGCCAUCUUGGAUACAGGCUCAACCCUUCUAGUGGCUCCGAAGGAGGACGUUUCGGCCAUCCAUAUGCUCAUCCCGGGCUCCCUGUAUACCGGAACUCGAUGGAUCAUCCCUUGCACCACCAACGCCACCAUUUCACUCGUCAUAUCGGGCCAGGAAUUCCCGAUAGACUCGCGGGACCUCCUUUUCCUCCCUCUGAAUAUGGGGAGAUUGAAAGGCUACUGUUGGUCAACCAUCAGCGAGAUGCGAGGGGUGAGCAAGCCGAAAGGAACCAAUAUAAGCAAGACAGGCGGCAAAACUACUAGCUGGCUGGUUGGCGAUGUAUUCCUCAAGAAUGUGUACUUUUCAACCAACCUCGAUCGUGAUACGAUAUCCGUAGCUAGAUUAGCGGAACAACCAGAACUGGCGGCAUCGGAGGCCACAGAGUUAGAAGACAAAACAGCUGACUAG